AUGUCCAUGUUCAGCACAGGCAUCCUUGUGCUGACAUCUCCUCUCCACACCCUCCCUUUCCGCAUCGCUCCAGUGCUCAGCUCGGCGGCUCAGCUGGUUGACCGCACUCUGUACGUCCACCUCCAUCCUGGGUUGAACCUGGGUGGUGGGACCCAGCCUCGGCCGGUUUUCAUUCCUCCAGUGGUGGACCUGUCCACGCUCAUCACACGCCUCUACAGCAACGCAGCUGAUGUGUGCGGGCACUUAGAUGUUCGCGUUUUGCUGACUAAUGUCCACGCCACCAGCAGUGGGGCCGCAUCUCCGAACUGCCCCUUCCCCACACCACAACCCCUGUCUCACUCUCCAGAGGUGGUGCUAACAGACUUUGCUCUGCAGGAUCCAAAUAAAUCUCACCAGGUCACACAAUGCCUGGAGAGGUACACUGGUCACUGCUACGUCUGCAGGCCCGGCCUGCCUUCUGUGCUGCUUCAGCCACAGCUAGUGAAGCUGCAAGAGAAGGAGGAAACCCUGCAAAGUCAGGAGGAAAAGUCCGAGCCUCUGGAGACUUACAGCGACGUGGUUGUAGGGGGGACAUUUGACCGCCUUCAUGGAGCCCACAAGACGUUACUUAACAUCUCAUGCCUGCUGGCCAGUAGAAGGUUCACCAUUGGUGUGUGUGACCAAGCGAUGCUUAAAAAAAAAGUGCUAAAGGAGCUGAUAGAGCCGUACUCUCUGCGGGUUCAGAGACUACAAGAGUUUCUACAAGACACCAGACCUUCUCUGCAAUUGGAGAUUGUGCCGCUUGAAGACCCCUUUGGAGUGUCCAUAGUGGACCCCCAGCUCAAGUGCAUCGUGGUUAGCGAGGAGACAAGGAAAGGAGGCGAGGCUGUGAACAAGAAACGUUUGGAAAAUGGACUGCCACCUCUUGUCCUUCAUGAGAUCCAGUUGCUUAAAGAUGCUCACCACACUGAAAUGGAGGAGGAGAAGAUCAGCUCUUCCAGUCUUCGCUCUCGUCUGCUGGGUACCCUCCUGACUCCCCCAAAAGACACGUCGUCUCGGCCCCCCCUUCCCUACGUGAUCGGCCUGACGGGAGGCAGCGGCAGUGGAAAGAGCUCCAUCGCCAAACAGCUGGAGGCUCUCGGUGCAGCUCCAAUUGACUGCGACAAACUGGGUCAUGAGGUGUACCAGCUGGGCUCAGCGGGCCACCGCAGAGUGGUGGAAGAAUUUGGUUCAGAUAUCCUAAAUGAGGACAAAAGCAUUGACAGACGCGCUUUAGGCAGGAAGGUUUUUGGAAACAAGGAGCGAUUGAAAGCCCUAACAGACAUUGUAUGGCCUGAAAUUGCACUUCUAGUGAAAGACAGGAUCAGCCGAGCCAAAGAUGAAGGCAAACAAGUUUGUGUUGUGGAUGCAGCUGUUCUCCUGGAGGCUGGCUGGAAAGACCUGGUGCAUGAGGUCUGGGUCACCAUCAUACCUGAAGAGGAGGCGGUGUUACGGAUAACGGAGCGGGAUGGCCUGACCACAGAAGACGCCCUGCGCAGGCUGCAGAGUCAGUGGUCAAACAGCCGGCAAGUCGAGCAUGCCAACGUUGUCCUCAGCACGCUAUGGGAGCCAGAGGUCACCCGGAAACAGGUACUGAAAGCUUGGAAUCUUCUUCAGAAGAGGAUCCAGCAGACAACAGACGGACAGUAG